CAGGAGGCCGCGUGCCCGACCGGGGGCCGCAGGAAGGAAAAAAAAUUCUAUUUGCUGUGUGGAGAAUGGACUGGAAAAGAGAAAGAAGUGGGAGUCCAUGCAGGAAACUGUUGCAGAAGCCCAGGUACCGCUGGAGGAAGCCCACGAGACUGUGAGGGCCGAGUGGGAAAAGCCGCCAUAGUUUCAGUCGAAGUCCCUGAAGACAGGCGGGAAUGGGCCAGAGAGAAAGACGCGGGCCUGGAGUCUGUGGGAAAGGUGAGCGAACGCCGUCACGACCCCGACGGGCGUAGCUGGAAAGACGGAGGGGCAGAGUGGAUGAGCCCAGACUGGCUGAGAAUAAAAAGACACGGAUUGUGGGAACGCCGACACCGAGCAUUUAGAAUGAACCUGGAACCUGCCGAGCACAGCGGCAUGGGCGGGAAAGCCCAGAACGGCAGCCGAGGCACCCCCCGCAGGGCGCUGCCCGCAGCCCUGGGGCUGCUGCUGCCUAUGGCCCUCCUGAACGCGCUCCUCUACCUCUGCCUGGCCUGGGUUUUCAUCGCCCCUCCCCGCUCCGCACCGGCCUCCGCCCACUGUCCCCGCGGACACUUCAGAAUGGGACAGAUGAAAAACUGUUCACCGUGGCUGUCCUGCGAGGAGCUGAGGACCGAAGUGAGGCCGCUGAAGCGUGUCGGGGAAGGAGCCGUGAAGAGAGUCUUUCUGUCUGAGUGGAAGGAGCGCAAAGUGGCGCUCUCAAGGCUCACGAGUCUGGAGAUGAAAGACGACUUCCUGCAUGGGCUGCAGAUGCUGAAAGGUCUGCAGAGUAAACACGUGGUCACCCUGCUCGGCUACUGUGAGGACGACAACACAAUACUGACCGAGUAUCACCCCUUGGGCUCCUUGAGCAAUCUGGAAGCAAUGCUAAACCUUUCCAAGUACCAGAACGUGAACACAUGGCAGCGCAGGCUGCAGAUGGCCGUGGACUACGUCAGCAUCAUCCACUACUUGCACCACAGCCCCCUGGGCACGCGGGUCAUGUGCGACUCCAGCGACCUGCCCAAGACGCUGUCGCAGUAUCUGCUGACCAGUAACUUCAGCCUCGUGGUGAACGACCUGGACGCCUUGCCCCUGGUGAACCACAGCUCCAGGACGUUGGUCAAGUGUGGCCACCGGGAGCUGCACGGGGACUUCGUGGCUCCAGAGCAGCUGUGGCCCUAUGGGGAAGACACGCCUUUUGACGAUGACCUCAUGCCCUCCUAUGACGAGAAGAUCGACAUCUGGAAGAUUCCAGACGUCUCUAGUUUCCUUUUGGGGCACGUUGAAGGGAGCGAUAUGGUCCGGUUUCAUUUGUUUGAUAUUCAUAAAGCCUGUAAGAGCCAGACUCCUGCAGAGCGACCCACGGCUCAGGAUAUUCUAGACACUUACAAGAAGGUUUUGAAUUUACUCAGAGAUACCGUGAUGUCCCAGACAAGAGAAAUGCUAUAGAAACCAGUGUCCUUCUCAGUGAAGGACAGGUUUUAGGGAACAAAUGGAAGAGUUUUAGCAAUUCUUGCCCUGACGGAGAGGUCCUUUGCAUCCGCAUGCACACGUGAGUGGUGUUCACCUCCCGGGGACCGGGGUGGAAGCUGCUGAGGGCACACUGGGUUUGGCUGAAGUCCGGCCUCACUCACGCUGAUCACUCCCCGCUGCAGAGGAGAGAAGCAGUGAAUCUAGCCAUAACUGAAGGAAGUAACAAAAAGGUAGCCACAAAGAGGCUUUUCUUGCCCUAAUUACUGAGUCUGUAAGCUGGUAGGAAAUAUAUAUAGAAAAGGUUUCUAAAUGGCAGGAUAUGAAACAAACAUGCAGUAGCUUUCCAAAGAAUUGUUUUCCUCAUUUUUUUAGGUGGUAAUCAACAUGACCGGGGCCACAAGAGUAUUUGCGAUCUGUUUGACACGGUAUUGUUGAGGCCAUCUUUAGUAUUUUAAAUGACUGUUUAAAUGUUUAUUUUAAUGUAUGUGAAAUUCUUAUGC